AUGCCGCCCGAAAAGUUGAGAAUCUCGGCCUCCAACCCUUUGGCCACCUACUUUGGCCUGUUUUUGUUGCUCAACGCACAGUCCAUGCUCGCGCACGCCCGACGCGGACUCACCAGACUCAUACAUAUCCCCACUCUCUCUCGCCGCAACAUGUCCUCCGCUAUUGCCUCCGAGGUCGCCACUCCUCACGACACACCUGGCAGCGCUACCCCCGUCGCCGACGUCGAGGUCGACGCUUCCGCCGAGGCUGGUCCCUCGAACGGUGUCCGCAUGAGCGUCAUUGACAAGUGGCUCAAGCCCAACGGUCCCCCCAAGGGAACCUCUUUUGGAGCGCGUAAGCUCGGUGGCGAGGACGAUGUGUGGGCCAACAACGCCUGGGACCACGCCGAGCUCCCGGACGACUUUGACCAGCGCGCGGCCGAGAUUAUGGAGCAGCACAAGUCCAACCCUGUCCCCGAGGACAAGACUGCCGACUAUAACGCUCGCCCCGCGGCGUUCUGGAACAAGUUUUACUCCCACCACGCCGACCAGUUCUUCAAGGACCGCAGGUGGCUGCCUCUCGAGUUCCCCGAGCUCGUGGCGUGCUGCGAGCCCGAGGCUGGUCCCAAGACUGUGCUCGAGGUCGGCUGUGGUGCGGGAAACACCGUCUUCCCUUUGUUGAUGCACAACGAGAACCCCGACCUCCGCCUCGUGGCCACCGACUACUCGUCGACGGCCGUCAACGUCGUCAAGCGCGGCGAGCUCUACCCCAAGGCGCCCCACGGUAUUGGCGAGAUCCGCGCCGCCGUGUGGGACAUUACGUCCAAGCCUGACCCCGAGUCUGGUGUCGACUACUCUCUCCCCGAGGGCGUCGAGCCCGGAUCCAUCGACGUGCUGACUGUCAUCUACGUUCUGUCGGCUCUCCACCCCAAGGAGUGGGAGCAGGCCAUGCACAACCUCUACACCGCCCUCAAGCCCGGAGGUCUCCUCUGUGUUCGUGACUACGGCCGCCACGACCUCGCCCAGCUGCGUAUCAAGAAGGAGCGUCUGCUGGACGUCGAGAACUUUUACAUUCGCGGCGACGGCACCCGCGUCUACUUCUUUGAAAAGGAGCAGCUGGGCGGUCUGAUGACCGCCCCGCCUCGCGGUGAGGCUGAGGACAAGCACAUGUUCGAGAUCAGCCAGCUUGCCGAGGACCGUCGCUUGUUGGUGAACCGCAAGGAGAAGCUGCAGAUGUAUCGCAUCUGGCUCCAGGCCAAGGCCUACAAGCAGUAA